CCAUCACUCCCCUUCAGCCGCUCACUCGCUCACCCACUGUCUGCUACACUCUUCUCUUCGCGAUGGAUCGCCUCAGAGCCAUUCUCUGCAUCUCCCUCCUCUGCUUCGCGGCCUCCAACUCUGCGGCCCAGUCCCCCGCCGCCGCCCCGACCACCUCCGCAGCCGCUCCCGCCAAGCCAACCACCCCCGCUCCCGCCGCCGCUCCCACCAAAAGCAGCAGCACCCCGGCCCCGGCCGCCGCUCCCACAUCCAAGGCUCCCGCCAAGGCCCCCGCGACACGCGCACCUACUACCCCUGCGCCCGUCGCCGCCGCCGCCAAAGCGCCCACGGCGGCCGCGCCAACCUCGGCUCCUCCAGCGCCCGUGCCGGUGACAUCCCCGCCCGCGCCGCCUCCGACGACGUUGCUUCCGCCGGCGGCUUCCCCCAUCCCAUCGACCCCAGUCCCCGUCGCGGCGCCGCCGAAGCCCGCCGAGACGCCCGCCCCGACUCCGAGCAAGAAGAAGAAGAAGAAGAAGGCGAAGAAGGGCGCCGCGGCCCCCGCUCCGAGCCCCCCGGCUCCGGCCGCCGGGUCUCCCGCGGGUUCGUCCGAGGCCACCUCCCCGGGUCCCAGCGUCGCCGCCGACGAAACGAGUGGUGCACAGAUAGUGAGAGGCUUUAUCUCAGGAGGGCUGGCCCUGCUCCUGGGGCUUGCCGUCAUCCUUGCCUAGAUCGCGACAUGAUACAUAACAGUAGUUUCUUGUCUCUUGUUUCCCUUCUUUGCUGUCGUAUUGUUGUCGGUUCUGAGCGGGAGGGACCGCCGCCUGUUGUAGUUAUGCAUUCACUCGGAUUCUUUUUUUUCUGUCUCGAGAGGUUUUGUGUUGAAGACUAUUAUUUACCACAUUGAA